AUGCCAAGAAAAGAAGGAAAGAUUUCAUUGUCCCUUGAAAAGAAUGAAGAAAUCAUUGAUAAGUUUAAUGGGGUUCAAGUGAAGUGGAGGUUUGCUUCAAAAAAUAUUCCUUCCAAGUAUAUUCAAGGAUCUGAUCCUUACAACCCUGUGGUUAAAUCCGAGAUUCGGUUCUUCGAGCUAAGUUUCCAUAAGAAACAUAAAGAAAUGAUCUUGAACGAAUAUAUGCAGCAUAUAUUGGCCAAAGCAAAAGAAAUGAAGGAGAAAAAGAAGACCUUGAAGUUAUAUACCUUGAAGUACGAGAGGAUGCCUGGAAGGAAAGGGGAUAUGUGGCAGUCAGUGAAUCUUGAUCAUCCGGCUACUUUUCAAACCCUGGCAAUGGAUUCAGAGAUGAAGCAGAAAAUAGUGGAGGAUUUGGAGAGAUUUGUGAAAAGAAAGGAGUACUACAAGAGGGUAGGCAAGGCCUGGAAAAGGGGGUACUUGUUAUUUGGUCCUCCUGGCACAGGGAAGUCAAGCUUGAUUGCUGCCAUGGCCAAUUAUCUUAAUUUUGAUAUUUAUGACUUGGAGUUGACUGAAAUCAGAGGGAAUUCAGAGCUCAGGAAGUUGGUGAUUUCAACUGGGAACAAAUCAAUACUGGUUGUGGAGGAUAUUGAUUGUUCUCUGGAGUUGCAGGAUAGGCUUGCACAAGCCAGGGCUGCGGCAGCACAAAGUUCUCGACAUAUUCAUUUACCUCAGUAUCAGUUGACCCUGUCAGGAUUGCUGAACUUCAUAGAUGGGUUAUGGUCAAGCUGUGGGGAUGAAAGGAUUAUAGUGUUCACUACCAAUCACAAGGACCGGCUUGACCCAGCUUUGCUGCGCCCUGGUCGAAUGGAUAUGCACAUCCACAUGUCCUACUGCACUCCGUGUGGGUUCAAAAUGCUGGCUUCCAAUUACCUCGGGAUUACAGAGCACCCGCUCUUCUUCGAGAUUGAGGAAUUGAUAGAGAGAUCGAAGGUGACCCCUGCAGAAGUAGGUGAGCAGCUGAUGAAAGAAGAGGUGCCUGAAAUUGUGCUACGAGGUUUCAUCGAUUUUCUUGAGGCCAAGCUAGAAGAAGGUCGAGAAGCUGAAGCUGAAGCUAGAAGAGUAGCGCAAGCAGCAGAAGGUGGGAACAAGCCAGAAGACAAACAAGGUAAGAGCAAGAAACAGGAAGAUAGAGGGAACCAACAAACACUAAUGCUUCAGUAAAUCGCUGUAGUUUUCUGGGAGAAGAGGAUUAUGACUCUGAAGAGAUAGAUAAAACUGGCCUAAUAAAUACCAAGUAAUGUCUUGGUUACUUUGUUUUCUGGGAAAUGCAGAAAUAAUGGCAUGAAAUCAUCCUACUAUGCAAA